GGCACUACGAGGCAGUUAUGUUUUGAUGGUAGAGAUUCGGUGUUUUUUUGCCCAGUUGUAAAACAAUCGUGUAAAAGCUCACUUCCGAAGUGGACACAGCGUUCCCUUGCUCCCUGGACUUUAUCUCUGUGUGUUUCUGAGACAACGAAGACGGUGCAAACUAUUUUCUUAAGUUCAUUUUUGUUUUGUAAGAAAUGAGCUUGACUACUUGUUCGAAAACAAACAAACUAGCUAAAUGUCUGCGCAUAUUUGUGUCCCGUCGCGUUUUGAUGCUUUAAUUUUAUUCCCACAAAAAUUCAGUUAUCUUUAGUCUUGCUAAAAAUAUUAAUAAAAAAAAUAAAGGAAAUUUGUUAUUAAUCGUCUGGGCUACGACAUAAUGCACAAAGGAUAAAUAAAUUAACUCCAAUGAAAAUGGAUAUACUAAAUACAUUCUCAGAAAGCGAGUGAUUGAAAAUUUAUUAAUAAUUUGAUUCGAUAAGGAUCUUUAUAAGUUGUGUAUAUUUAAACGUUAAAUUGUGCAUACAAAUAUCGAAUACCUAUAUAAGAGGUUUUUUUAUCCGAUAUGAUAAGAAACUUUGUAAAAAGUUGUUAAUCAAGAAGAUAUCGGUGAAAACUGAUCAUUCAAAGUGUGAAACACUAAAUAAACAUGCUUAAUGUCUAAGUGUUUUUUUUUUUUAAUUUUUUUCUUCAAAGUAUAAGAAGUUAAAUUAUACCUCGAGUAUUUAAAAAAUGAUGUCUCCCAAACGAUGGAUUCUGCUGCUGAUAUUUUAUAUAUCAUAUCUAAUGUUUGGCGCCAGUAUUUACUAUCACAUCGAACACAAUUUAGAAAAAGAAAGACGUGCAUCUCAACUACAGGAAAGAAUUGAGAUCAAUGAAUACCUCACAUAUCAACUGGAAUCUAAAAAUGAGUCAGUACAAAAUGAUGUGUUAGAAAGAAUCACAGAAUACUGCGGAAAGCCGGUAACAAAUUAUACAACUGAUACAUUUGAAGAACCAUAUACUUGGACAUUUUACCACGCGUUCUUUUUCUCCUUCACGGUUCUCUCAACAGUUGGCUAUGGAAAUCUUGCACCAACAACAACUCUCGGUCGUAUUAUAAUGAUUGCUUAUUCCCUCAUAGGUAUACCUAUUAAUGGUAUUUUAUUUUCUGGUUUGGGUGAUUUUUUCAGCAAAACCUUUACAUCAAUUUACACACGGUACAAAAAUUACAAAAUAACAAAUGAUAUCCGUUACGUUCCUCCGCAACUGAGUUUGUUUGCCACGGUUUGUAUAGCACUAGUACCAGGCAUUGCUUUUUCCAUCAUAUUGCCGUCGUUAAUGUUUUCGUAUUUUGAAAAUUGGUCUUUUGCAACAUCGGUGUAUUAUUCUUAUGUUACUAUGACGACGAUAGGAUUUGGUGACUUUGUACCAACCUUUCAACCGGAGCAACCCCAUAAGUUUGGAGGACUCUUUAUAGUAUACCAAAUAUUUAUUAUAGUUUGGUUUAUAUUCUCAUUGGGAUACCUUGUUAUGAUUAUGACAUUCAUAAGCAAAGGUCUUCGAAGUAAGAAGUUGUUGAUGCUGGAAUAUCAACUAUCAGAAAAUAUCAAAGCCACUCAGCAUCGUAUAUGGAGUGGUGUUACAAAGGAUGUUGGUUACUUGAGAAGGAUACUCAAUGAACUGUAUAUAAUAAAAUUUAAGCCUGUGUACAAUGAGCCAUUAUACUUAACAGAAAAACGUUCGAUAUCAUGUCCUGAUCUCAGUAUGUAUCGAACAGAUGCACCAAUCAUUCGCAGAAAAAGAGCCUAUUCCGAAUGUAUUGGUGCAAUGGAUCAACCACUCAGUGGUUCUCCACCAUAUAAAACAUCAUCAGAUACUGAGUUGAGUAACAUAAAUAAACAAAAGACAUUUGAAACUGCCGAAAAUUUCAAACAAACAACAGAACUAUUAGCCCAAGUUGUCAAUGCCUUGGCCUAUAUAAGACCACCAGAAGGAGAAGCUACAAUCCAUUCAUCUGGAUUCGAUGGUGGUUAUCAUGGUCUAAAUGAUUCGCAAAUUUUAUCAAGCGAAUGGUCAUUUCAAACUGGAGCUGAACCAAUACCACAACGAGGACGUGCAUUCUCCGAUUUCAAUCUUAAUUUCAAGCCAAAUUUACAUCCAUUGCCAAAUGAAUGGACAUGGAGUGGUGAUAAUGUUCAAAUUCAACAAGCAAUCAAUACUCGUUAUAAAAAAAAACGACAAUCACCUGAAGAAAACUAUAAGACAUUAUACACAAAUCCAUAUUCAGGUAUUACAAGUGGUGAAAAUGAAGGCCCAGCUUCUAGCAUGCCACGUAGGAAAUUCUCUGUUGCCGAAGGAGGCAAACAGCUUUUGAGAAAACUAAAUCCUUUCAAAAAGCGAUCAUCGCAAGGUUUCAUAGAUGCUACAGGCAUCUCAGAUAGAAAAUUCUCCAUUGCCAGUGUACCCGAGGUUCCUGAUUGGGUGACCUCAAGACAAGACUAUUACAGUACAAUCAAUGUUUGUCAAGCUAAUGAAAAGAAAAGGCUUUCAGGUAUUGAUAAUAUGGGCCUCACUGUAGAUUCUGCGGAUGCUAAUAUAUUCAAUCAGAGAAAUACAAUCUUUGGUUUAGACGAAAACCAAUACGAAAACAAAACUACCACACAACCUGUCGAGCCACCUGGUGGUAAAGUGAAAAAGCGCCGUGAAAGCUUAUUCACACAAAAUCCAAAUAUGCGCCGAGGCAGCAUGUUUAGCGCCACGGCUAAUGCAAAUCGACGUGGAAGUUUGUUUGUUAACCAACCAUCAAGAAACAUAAACAGACCACCAACAAAUCGACGCUCAAGUCUUUUCUCCGAGGACAAUGAAGAAGCUUCAAAUCAAGAAAUUCUUGAGAAUACCACCAUUGCUGACUUAAUUCGUGCCCUCGAAGUAAUGCACACCCAAGCUGUACUGGGACAACCAAUGGAAGAAAAUGUGAAUGAGCAAAAGAACCGAAAAUAUGGUACAGCCGGUAUAGCACCGUUAAGUCUUCCUCCUUUCAUGUCAAUAUUAAAUCCUGAAGAAAAACCUACUAUGUCGGGAAAUCGAUAUCAGCGACGAUCGACAAUAAUCGGAACUCCAUCGUUCCCCAGCAGUACGUCAAAUAUUUUGACGCAACGUCUACCAAACAUACCAUUAAGUCAGAAUGAUCCUCCGCCGAGUUAUUCGGAAAAGCCAACAGUAAAAUUCAAUAGACGAUUUAGUGUUCGUCCUACGAACCUCCACAUUCCACCUGGAAUGGCAGGAUCUCCAAAUUAUAGCGUUAACAGUAGUCAAAAUACUUCACAAAGUGUAGUUCAGAGAAGACUGUCUCUGAAGCCAUCACCUCUUUCAAGAGAGGCCAGUCAUCCACCUACAACUUUGACGAAUCGAGGAAUUUUGAGCUCUAGAACCGCAGCGCCACCUAGCAGCAGUAGUACACAUUCCCCAUUAUCACGAAUUGUUCAGAUAUCAGAAGCGCAGAGAAAGAAUAGUGAGCAAAGAGAACAAAAGUAGUUAUCUAAGUAAAAAUGUUGUUUAUUUUCGUAAAGUUAUUAAUUGUUAUAGUAAGGCUUCCAUUUUUCAUAUUUUUUUUUUUUUUGUUUGUUUUGUUCUUCAUUUUUGAAAUUUAAUAUUAGUCAUCAAAUGGAACUUCAUGUAAAAUAAGACUUAUUAUCCCAAUGUUACUAGACAUACAUAAUUGAGACGUUUGAAAUAUAAUAAUUGUUAUUUCUGUAUCUAAAGCUUUAUAUUUUUUUGGAUUAUUAAACUCAUAUAUAUAAUAUAUUUAUUUAGCCUAUAAAUGAAAGUUAUCAUAAAUAAAUAAUAUUUGGCAAACGUUUGUAUUUCGCUUCUUUUACUUAUUUAUACUCAAUUAUUAAUUUUUUUGAAAUUAUUGUAUGUAUACCUUCUUCAAAAUAUCUUUUAU